CUCUUCUGCUUCUGGAUCGGGCGAAGCAUGUUCCUCCGACAAUAUAUGUUUUUAAGUGUAUGACAAUGUGUCCGCGCUAUUGGGUUUGGUUUCUUUUCUAGCUAGUGUUCUUCAGAUCGACAAUGUUUACUUACUCUCUCUCAUCGAAUCAUGCUAAAGAUCUGAUCUUUCUUCAGAUCCUUGAUUAAGUAGAGAGAGAGAGAGAGAAUCUGUUUUCAGAAAAAGAUCCAAUCUUGAUGGUCGUCGCAAUUCUCUAAGUGAAGUCCAGAGAGAGAGAGGAGAGAAAAUGUCUUCUCCGGCGCAUAUACGACCCUCCGGAAGCGGCGGCGGAGUACUCCCGACGUCAACAGUAUCCAACGGCGGAGGAGGAGGAAGAAGUGGUCGCGGUGCGUUACCACGCGGCAGACAGAUGCAGAAGACAUUCAACAACAUCAAAAUCACCAUCCUCUGCGGGUUCGUCACCAUCCUCGUCCUACGCGGCACAAUCGGCGUCGGAAACCUCGGUAGCUCAAACGCCGACGCGGUCAACCAAAACAUCAUCGAAGAAACCAACCGGAUCCUAGCCGAGAUCCGGUCCGACUCGGAUCCAACCGACUUGGAUUCUCCUCAAGAGACUGAGAUGAGUCCCAACGAGACUUACUCUCUAGGCCCCAAGGUCACGGACUGGGAUGGGCAACGAAAGGUGUGGUUGGAACAGAACCCUGAGUUUCCGAGCACUGUUAACGGCAAAGCUAGGAUCUUGCUGUUAACGGGGUCUCCUCCUAAGCCCUGUGAUAACCCCAUUGGUGAUCAUUAUCUGUUGAAGUCGGUGAAGAACAAGAUUGAUUACUGUAGGCUCCACGGGAUUGAGAUUGUUUACAACAUGGCUCAUUUGGAUAAGGAGCUCGCUGGGUAUUGGGCUAAGUUGCCUAUGAUUAGGAGGUUGAUGCUGUCUCAUCCUGAGGUUGAGUGGAUCUGGUGGAUGGAUAGUGAUGCUUUGUUUACCGACAUUCUGUUUCAGAUCCCUUUGGUUCGGUACGAGAGCCAUAACUUGGUGAUUCAUGGGUAUCCGGAUUUGUUGUUUGAUCAGAAGUCUUGGAUUGCGUUGAACACUGGUAGCUUUUUGCUUAGGAACUGUCAGUGGUCUUUGGAUUUGUUGGAUGCUUGGGCGCCUAUGGGACCUAAAGGGGUGAUCCGCGACGAGGCUGGGAAGGUGUUGACGGGUUAUCUGAAAGGUAGACCGGCUUUCGAGGCGGAUGAUCAGUCAGCAUUGAUCUAUCUCCUGCUUUCUCAGAAGGAUAUGUGGAUGGAGAAAGUGUUUGUGGAGAAUCAGUACUAUCUACAUGGGUUUUGGGAAGGUUUGGUAGAUAGGUAUGAGGAGAUGGUGGAGAAGUAUCACCCGGGGUUGGGUGAUGAGAGAUGGCCGUUUGUGACGCAUUUUGUGGGGUGUAAACCGUGUGGUAGCUACGCUGAUUAUGCGGUCGAGAGGUGUUUGAAGAGCAUGGAGAGGGCUUUUAAUUUUGCGGAUAAUCAAGUGCUGAAGCUGUAUGGUUUUGGACAUAGGGGGUUGUUGAGCCCCAAGAUUAAGAGGAUCAGGAAUGAGACAGUGACUCCUUUGGAGUUUGUAGGCAAGUUUGAUAUUCGCAGAACAGUCCAAGUGGAAACCAAAUUACAUAACUAGAGGAUAGUCUCAGCUCUCAUGAGAUCAUGGACACUUAUAGGAGUUAGGAACCAUAAGAAUUGCCAAAAGUAUACCCAUCCAUUUCAUCCAGCUCAAACUUGUCUUCAUUGCAUCCAAUUCUCUAGACCUGCAUCCGAGUUGUUCUUCCCCCUCUUCAUAGAGUAAGAGAGACGACAGGUGAAAGCCGGGCCAGAUCCUAAAAUGAGAGUAUUCGUGUCUCGAUUAAAGACUUGCAUAGAGUUGGUGUGGAGUGUGGACAGUGGAGAUAGAUGAAAUCAUCAUGUGAUGUGUUGAGAGAACAAAGAUAGACAGUAAUU